CAUGCGUUACAUUGAUCCUUUGCCAAUGGCGGCUGUCUUCAAUAUGUCUUCAAGUCGAGAAGUUCUACAACUUUACCGUCAGAUGUUAAGAAUGGGGAGUGCAUUUACCAGUUAUAACUUCAGGAUGUAUGCCACCAGAAGAAUAAAAGAUGCCUUCAGAGAAAACAAAGAUAUCUCAGAUCCAGAAAAAAUCAGGACACUAAUUAAGAGAGCAGAGGAUAGUUUACAAGUAAUGAAAAGACAGGUGUCCUUAGGUCAAAUGUACAGACAUGAAAAGCUGGUGAUAGAAAAGAAAAGAUGAUAUUCGGCAAUGAAAGAAGAGGUUUCAUUUAUUGGACAAGCAAAUGUCAUAUAUUCCAUUGGAGAUUAUUCUAUAAUUACUAUGUGUUGAUUUCUCUGAUUAAGAGGAGACAAGGUGCAUGCAGUGAGGAUCAGAACACUUCUUUGCAGAAAAGAACAUUUUGUUAUAUUGUGACCACAGCACAUAUAAGUUAUAUGGGAUGCAAUGUGCAUGUAGCCCUAUUUGCUGUACAAGUAAAUGACACAAAGCAUUGUGUAAUACUUGACUGUUUGCCCUUCAAUUAAUUUUGCAGGAUCACUUUUGUUCUUCCUGGAAUGAGUAUCAACUGACUGUGAGCUGUUCAUGGAUUUUUUUUACCUACAGG